AUGGACAUAGAGGAAGAUAUUCUUCCUUUUGUUUUGUCUCCUUCUGCUGCUGAGUAUUCAUAUAACCAGGAACAGACCACUGGUCAUCCCGCUGCAGCUGCAUGCAGUGAACCACCACCUGCUGCAGCAGCAGCAGCAAACAGACCACUGGUCAUCCCGCUGCAGCUGCAUGCAGUGAACCACCACCUGCUGCAGCAGCAGCAGCAGCUGCAGCAGCUGCUGCUGCCGCUGCUGCUGGAGAAAGACAAAUGGAACUCUCAUUCUGCUGCUGCUGCUGCUGCUGCUGCUCAAAGCAAGCAAUGGGGGGACAGUGCAGCAGCAGCAGCAUCAGCAACAGCAGCAGCUGCUGAUGCAGUUGCAGGGGCAGCAGCAGCUAUACGACUACUGCAACAGCAGCAGCAGCUGCAGCAGCAGCAGCUGCAGCAGCAGCAGCUGCAGCAGCAGCAGCAGCAACGAAGAGUAUGGGGGUAUCUUAGGCUGAUGAUGAAGACAGGAAAGAAGCAGCAGCUGCAGCAGCAGCAGCAGCAGCAGCAGCAACGAAGAGUAUGGGGGUAUCUUAGGCUGAUGAUGAAGACAGGAAAGAAAGGACUAGCAGCAGCAAUACAGCUGGAGGAGAAGCUGCUGCGGCGUCUAUGCAUCAGCAGCAGCAGCAGCAGCAGUAGCAGCAGCAUGAGCAGCAGCAGCAGCAACAGCUGCUGCUUCUGCAGCGGCAGCGCUCUCUCUCUACCCUUAUCCUCCCCCGCCUCCUCAUCAUCAUCAGCAGCAGCAGCAGCAGAAGCAGCAGCAACAGCAGCAGCAGCAGCAGAUGUUUGCUGCUGCUACAGAAGAGGCAUAUGCUGGCAGGCAGCAGCAGCAGAAGCAUGUGACUGGGUAGAUGCUGGAUGGGGGUAUAGAAACAGCAGCAGCAGCAGCAGCAGCAAGAAGCUAAGCAGCAGCAGCAGCAGCAGCAGCAGCAGCAGCAGCAAGAAUUUGUUAAAGUUUCGUGCUGCAGCACUGUGUGUGCUGCUGCUGCUGUUUGCUGCUCUUCAUCCUCCUUCUCCUGUUGCUUUAAAUCCUGCUGCUGCUUAUAUGGCGGCGUGGCUAUCCAAGGCAGAUCAACGCACAGCAGCAGCAGCAGCAGCAGCAGCAGCAGCAGAUGCAGCAGCAGCAGCAGCACAACCACCAGCAGCAGGAGUAGCAACAACGGGAACAGCAACAGCAACAGAUGCAGCAGCAGCACAACCACCACCAGCAGCAACAACAGCAGCAGCAACAGAUGCAGCAACAGCAGCAGCAACAGCAGCAGCAGCAGCAGCAGAGGAUUCGUUGUUUAAUAGCAGCAAUUCUGUGGUGCAGGUGCGCAUGCAGCAGCAGCAGCAGCAGCAGCAGCAGCAACAGCAGCAGCAGCAGCAGCGGCAGCAGCAGCAGGAAUACAGGAGCAGUAGAUUGAUGUGUUCUUACACCCAGCAGCAGCAGCAGCAACAGCAGCAGGAAGAGCAGCAGCAGCAGCAGCAGCAGCAAAAGGUACACUCAAAGGCCUCAGCUAUUCUAAUCUAA